AUGCUCGAUAUAUUCGAGAAGUCCAUUACUAUGUUAUUGUUGGUAGAGAAUGCUACACGUCAACUCAAUUCAAACAAGUCAUUGUUUAGUCAAGUUAUAGAGUCACUGUCCAAUAACAGCAACAACAGCAAGAAGCAAUCAGAGCUGGUAACAGUGUUGGGCCAGACCAACAAGUCGUCCUUGGUCGCAUUGCUGUCCAAGAUGUCCGAGUUGUCGACAGUCGUUGACAUCACACAACUAUUCAAUCCAUCCCAACCACAGCAGACACAGCCACAGCAACAGACACAGUUGACGACGACUUCCACCCCCACCUCCACCUCCAACUCCACAUCCAACUCGCCAAUACUCCCACCGAGGAGCAACAGCACACAUAGAUUCGUACAGCCAUCAGCGUUGAUACCAACUGCCAUGCUCACAUCAUUGUUCAACUUGGCAAACAACUCAUCGCCAUUCGUAACAUCGACAUCAUCGUCGUCAUCGUCUUCCGAGUCUGCAUCGUCGAGCUCACCCGCGUUGAACUCAAUCCACACAGCUUCAAAGGCCGCAUCGUCAAUGACUGUGCCAGUGUCCGCAUUGAUGGAUGCUCAAGCCCACAACAACUUCCACCACCUUCAAUCUCCAAUAUCCUCGCCAAACCAGUUGCCAUCGUCUGCCACUGGAGGUGCCUCUCCACCAUCCAUUUCGCUCACUGCCGACGCAUCAGUUGUCGACGAGAGUGAGGACAUCGCUAGCAACGAGAGUCCACUCUCAUCCUCCACCGACGUCGUCCCAACAUCACCAACCACCUUAGCCAGGAACACCACCCUCAUCAUCAACAACAACAACACCAUCACAAACAACAACAAUGUUAAUGCCAAUGGCAAGAGAAAGAGAAGACCUAGAGCACCAGCUCCAUUCCUCGACUCGCUGUUCUGCCAUUCGUGUGGCGAGACCCAGACAUCACAAUGGAGACGUGGCCCAGACGGUUGCAAGUCGCUCUGCAACGCAUGCGGUAUCCGCUUUGCCAACAUUGUCAACAAGGAGAAGGCACUCGCCGAGAAGGAGGGUAACAAGACCGCCGUCUCCAUCAACAUGUUGUUGAAUGACUCUGCCGCCGCCGCCGCAGCCGCCAACGGCAACGGUGCCGAUGUGCCACAGACACAGAGCAAACAAUCCAUGGUCGACGCGGUGCCAUCCGCCGCCACCAUCCAGAUGCAGCUGCAACAGCUGCAGGCCAUGGCGCAGCCCAAGGUGCCUGUGCCCUUUUACAACAGCUCCAAGAUGUCAUACACCGCCCCACCACCACCCCGCAGCAAGUCUGGCGUUGUUGCCAGCAUCGCCAACCUGACCAGUGCCAGCGCCGACCUGUCGUCGGCCGCCUCAGCCAAGAGGAAGUUGUCUCCAUCGGCAACCACCCUUCCAAUCAUAUCGUCGACCUCCUCGACAUCGACCACCCCUAGCAACAAGUCACCAAAGACCUCGCACCCAUUCGAUGAUAUCACCAACAGCAAGAUACCAUUCCAUAAUCUCGCUGCCGCGGCGGCUAGCCAAUGGAGGCGGCAGCCAGUUCCACCACCAGUCCAAGUUCACAUCGUUCCCCCUGGACGCACUGUCGGCCAUCGCCACCAACGAGGCCAUGCUGAUAUCCAACGACAGCAGCAAUGGACAUCACCACCACCGUGGUCAUGUCGAGACCACGUCGCUGGUCAACUAAGUGAUUGGCUGUGUGAGGGGACCAUUCCCCUCCCUACCAUCACAACCCUUUUGCUUCACCUUCUGCCUGUCUUUGGCAGAUGGAGCGAUGCACUCCUAGGUGUGUUUAAGACCUUGCCUUGCCUCCACUUUUUUCCAUCUCUCAUUCUCCCUUCUCUCUUCGUCUCUUUCCAUUAUCCAUUAACCAUUAUCCAUUAUCCAUAA